AUGUCCGAGUCAUUCAUGAGUCCCCUCCUCUAUCUCUCUCAAUUGAAUCAUCUGCUGUCUCACUUUGAUUGUCUUAGGAAUUAUUGGGUCAUCUGUCCUCCCAGCUCCGUCUUCACAUGUUACACCUUCCGAAUCUUCUUGCAUGCCUGUGGCCUGAACAGCUUGACAGAAGAUGUUGCUGAGUGUAUGUAUCCUUGGCGCCAUUUUACGCGCCUGCUGAAGACUGCGACGACAUUAUUUUCUAUGCAAACGAGCGAGGAUGCUAAUGCUCCUCCGCCCUUCACCUGCAUCACAAGUGGGUGUUAUAUCGGGGUUUUCACCGGCGAGACCUAUAUGCCCAUGGUGAAAGGAAUUACCAACACUGUUUAUUUCGGGGUUGAGUCACUCGAGGUUGGGGAGAAAGCACUGAGGAAUGCGAUUGAACGAUUGGAUAUAGUCAGAUUCCCCAUGCCUUCACAAUAA